AUGCGUGUGAGGCCUGUGGGAAGGGCCUUCCGAGACGUGUACCACCUGAACCGCCAGGCUUUCCACUCGGACGAAAAAGCCCUACCACUGCCCUAUCUGCCAGCAGCCGCUUCAAGAGGAAAGACCGCAUUGAGCUACCAUGUACGCUCACACCAAGGAGGGGUGGAGAAACCUUAUGUCUGCGCCCACUGCGCCAAGGGGAUUCUCACGUACCUGCAUUCUGCUGGCAUCCUGCACAGGGACAUCAAACCUGGGAACCUGUUAGUCAACAGCAACUGCCUGCUCAAGAUCUGUGACUUUGGGCUCGCACGUGUGGAGGAGCCGGACCCGUCUCGUCACAUGACCCAGGAGGUGGUGACUCAGUACUACCGRGCUCCUGAGGUGCUGAUGGGCAGCCGCCAUUACGGCUCUGCCAUAGACGUCUGGUCGGUGGGCUGCAUCUUCGCUGAACUACUGGGUCGACGCAUCCUGUUCCAGGCCCAGAGCCCCAUACAACAGUUGGAUCUGAUCACUGAUCUGCUGGGUAGCCCUCCUCUCUCUGCCAUGGCAUCUGCCUGUGAGGGGGCAAGAGCUCACAUCCUGAGAGGACCUCACAAACCGCCGUCGCUCUCUGUGUUAUAUAUGCUGUCGGACGGGGCGACUCACGAGGCCGUGCACCUGUUGUGUCGUAUGCUGGUGUUUGAUCCGGCCAAACGGAUCUCGGGCAGCGACGCCCUCUCCCACCCCUACCUGGACGAGGGCCGUCUGCGCUACCACACGUGCAUGUGUCAGUGCUGCUACUCGGUGCCCAGCGGGCGUGUGUACACGCGUGACUUUGAACCGCCCGCCGACCGGAACUUCAGUCACAGCUAUGAUAACAGCCUGCUCUCUGUCUGGCAGGGCAAAGAGCUCAUCCAUCGCUUCAUAACAGAGCACCAGCAGGGGAAACGAGUGCCGCUGUGCAUCAACCCCCAGAGUGCCGCCUUCAAGACCUUCAUCAGGUCUACCGCGUGGCAUUCCUCCAAAGUCUCCAGGAAGGAGGAGAGAUGAAGGGGAGUAUCGUUCAUGUACAAGAAGAAUCAUGGGAAAUUCAGUUUGAUAAAAUGAACAASACUUGCUUUGGUCAAUAUAAUAGAGAUAGGUUUGGGUUUCUCUGGAUGGAGGGGAGGUGUGAAUGAAACAGUACGCCAGCCUCUCAGAGAGAAGAACAGUGUCUGUCAGAGGAAAUGCUCACUUGUACUGAAGACUACAUUUCCCUUCAAUGACAACUACAGUUCCCAACUAUGAAAACUACUAUUGACACUGGUGAAGACUUGACUACACCAACGCUAUAGGCAUUUCCCCAAUGCUGAAAACUAAAAUGUGCUGCUGAAUUUUAAAAAAGGAAUAAAGAAGAAAAGUGGUAGAAGAGGGAAAUUAUUGGAAACAUUUAUUACUAGAAGAGUUGAAGUUUUGUUGUGUUAUGUUGUGCUCCAAUGUGGUUGAAGGUGGAGACAAAGUAAUAGCUGUUUAAUUAAUUUAUGUUGAAUAAUUGUUCUACUCUGUUAAUUUUGAAGUCAUUCCAGCCUCGUGCAAUAUGAUGAAAAGCGUCUAAGCAACGUGCUCCUGGCGAUACCAUACUCUUACCUGUGCUCUCAGUGACUUAGUCAUGUUAAUGUCACAUUGAUGACCCUACCUUUAUCAUUGAUUCCAUUGAUUUGGUUUGAUAGUUUCAUUGGGCCCAUUCUCAAUAUCUUCGGUAAACUGGUGCUACAAUGCAACCUCUGGCCUUGAGGUUCAUUCCGUGCUACUUGUGAAUCUUCCCUCCCAAUCUGCCCUUGUCCAUAAGAUCAAAACAUUUCCAAGACAACAACUUGACCUGGUUCUAUGAUUGGGUGGGGCCAUGACUUCUGAGGCAGAUGGAGCCUCGCCCAUGUUUUUAAAAUCAUAUUAUUUUAUAUUUUAAUUUGUGUUUUUUUUAGCUUCUCUGUGAGUGGCGGUUCGAGCUUGAGCACAUGUACUGAGUAGUCAGCCCUUUCAGUGUGUGUGUGUGUGUGUGUGUGUGUGUGUGUAGAGUUUAAGGGAAAGUGCAGUUUUCUGCUUCAAUGAUUUCAUUACCUCAAAAACAGUUGGAGUCAAAAAGGGAACCCAGAGAGAGUCUACUGGGUAAAGUGUACAUAGACCCAACUCAACUACUACGCACUGUAACGUGAUGUCAUUCCUUUGUACUAAAUCACUGUCCUGACAGGAAGAACAGCUUGUUGAAAUGUAUUGGUGAAAUGCUGCUGUAUUUUGUUUUUCCUUUAUUGGUUGUUGGUUUAUUUCCAGUUGAGUUCACGGCUCAGGUGUUCCAUUGCAAAGACUGUGGACCCGACCACACAAAUACACACAGAUAUUAUUCACCAAUAACAGUGUGCCUCAACUUUUUUUUUUCUCCACAAAGAGGAACCGCAAAUCUCUGUGCGCUGAAGCUCUGACUGGAGCUAGUACUAACUAAAAUGAGGCUCCUGAAGAAGCUGCACUGUGCUAGUUGGCAUUGCCGUCAUGGCAGUGGUCAGGCCCUUGUCCCGCCACCUGAUGGUGCUUUUGGAAGUGUAGGCUAAGGGGUUGAUGGGGAUUGCCAGAAUGUUUCACUUAAACCUGCAUGUCUGUAUUUAUGAUAUAAAAAAAAAAAGGAAGAGGCUUUUGGAUUUGAAGGCUGUGCAAUGGGAGUUGUCGCCAUGGACAUGCCUUCCUUGUGGUGAUGUUAAUUAAUUCGAUUUUAGGAAAUAUGAUUCAUAUUUUUAUCUUUUGUGAUGUGAUGUGAUACAUUUAAAAAGUUAUUUUUUGGUUUCACAACUUUGCUAUUGUCUUUAGUAGAGAGCCCAAGCAGGCUGAGUUUUAGAAGAGCUCACCAGGGUCCGUCUCUUUCCCUCACACCCUCCUUUCUUCUCUCUAUCCCCCUCACACUGUCCUCUCGUCUCUGUUCGCCUUUUAUAGCAGGGUCAUAUUCAUUAGGCACCAAAAAAAUAAAACAGACUAAAACUGGGAGGGACUACUUGAACUUGUCCAAAUAAGCCACUUGUUGCUAAAUGUUUUUCUACAGUGUGCACUAAGGAGUAUGACCCAGCUAUGCUUAAUGUAGAAGCCAAUAAGGACAUCCCGUUCCUCACUGGAGGAGCCGCCUCUGGCAGUUCAAUAGCUUAAAGCAGCUUCUUAACCUCCCCUUCUUUCCUUCAUCGGCGCUGAUAGGAGAAGAGAAGACUGGUUAGAGCAAUGUAGUAGAGAGAAGCACCGUUAGGGAUUUGCUUUCAGAUGUCCAGUUCUCUUCAGAUCUAUGAUCCAUCCCAAAUGACACCCUAUUCCCUUUGUAGUKCACUAUUGAGGGUCUGGUCAAAAGUAGUGCAGUAUAUAGGGAAUAGGGUGCCAUUUGGGACGCAUCUACGGAAGGAAAAGGAAGCAAGUCUAUAUCCUUUGUUCAUGAGCUCAAUAGGCACUGGAGAGAAGACUACACCUGGGAAUGUUGAUGUUAAAUGUUUCUGGUGAUAAGAAAGGAAAAAAAGUGAUACUUGUGUUUUUUGAUUAUUCUGAAUAUGAAACCGAUGUUGAAUACUGCUGUUUUKAAAAUGUUAAAAUUCUGUUGGUUGGUUUGUUUUUUUGUCAUGUUUUAGGAAACGUUUUGGACUUGUGCUCCCAACAAAUACUUGAAUUUCUUAAGAAAACGACUAGAGUAAAGUAGUGAAUGAAUAAAUGCAUAGUCACUGGAUAAUA